AUUAAUAAAAAAGCACAAUUCAAGUUGACUGUAGCGAGAGUACUAAUGGAAUCCAUCUAUCCUUAUCUCCUUAUUGCUUCCAGUCCUGUUAUCGGACUCCUCAUCUGUUAUCACAGAUCUAUCCUGCCAUCACUGAUGGCACUGCCUUGA